AUGAACAAAAGUAUAGGACGAGGGAAGAGGAAUUGUUGCAUAAUUGGUUGUAGUAAUAGCGACUAUCAACUUCUAAAGUGGUUAAACAGCCAUCCUUGUUCAAGGCCGAGCAUUGAAGAAUGUAAUUGUGAACCUCCAUUCAAGCUUUUUCCUUUUCCUGGAGAAAAAACUGACCCAGAGUCGAAAAACCAGUGGACACGACUUGUGAACCGAAAGAACUCAAACAACAGCAAGAAAGUCUGGCAAUCAAAUAAGAAUUCUCGGGUGUGUAGCAGUCAUUUUGUUGAUCGGAAACCUACUACAGCUAAUCCCAAUCCAACAUUAAACCUUGGACAUCAGAAUGUCAAAAUUCCCCAGAGUAGAAAGCGGCCUGCUGAAAGAAACUCCAUCCCAGUUUUACCUAAAGUGAAGAAACCACAAGCUAAUGAUGGUCAUGAAGAGAAUACUGGCGUACCUGAACAGAUGACUAUACCCCCCAUUGAAUUACCCCAAACACCUGUUAAUAUGGGACGGGAAGGAUUACAAGCAAAUUCGGGUUCCAAAGCAGACUUGCCAACAUCCUGCAAGAACUGCGGCUCCAAAAAGAAAAAUAUUAGGCAAAUGACGAAUGUGCUAACAAAGAAAAAUGAAGAAAUUAGUCGGCUUAAUAAGAAAAAUCUGGCUCAGAAAAAAACCCUCUCAUUUGGUCCUCAUAUGUUGGUAACAGAUCAAAAGGUGAAGUUCUACACUGGAAUUCCAUCUAGGAAAGCAUUUGAUAGUUUAUAUGGAUUAUUGCUACCCAAUCUGAGGAAACUGAGGAGAUGGCAUGGACCAUCGAAAGUAUCAUCUCCUGUAAAGCACUUUGCUGCUUCUCCGAAAAAGGCAGGCCGUACUCGAAAGUUGUAUGGUAAGAACGAGUUUUUAUUAACUUUGAUGAAAUUACGACUUGGUUUACUCAAUCAAGACCUUGGUGAUCGAUUUCACAUUUCUACAACAACAGUUUCCAAAAUUUUAACUACUUGGUUUUCAUUCCUGUCUGCAGAUUUAGUCCCUCUCUUAUUAUUUAACCCACCAAAAGAAGCUGUCCAAUUAACAUUGCCGAAAUCAUUCAAAACCCCAGUGUAUCGUAAUGUUCGACACAUUAUUGAUUGUACUGAGAUUUUUAUUGAAAAGCCGAAAGACCUUCACCUGCAGGCUCUCACAUGGUCAGACUACAAGCAACAUCAGACUGUUAAGAUUCUGGUGUCUAUUCUCCCCACAGGCUUUUUCAAUUUUGUCUCGAAAGCCUGGGGGGGAAGAACUUCAGACAAUCAUCUGACUAAAAACUGUGGUUUCUUGGAUAUUGUGGAACCAUAUGACAGUGUCAUGGCAGACAAAGGUUUUCAGAUACGUGAGGAUCUAUUGUUAAGAAGAGCUGAGCUACACAUACCUCCUGGAAGGCGGGGAGCAGAGCAAAUGUCAAAAGCUGGUGUAAAAAAGACGCAAGAGGUAGCCAACCGGAGAAUAUAUGUUGAAAUGGCAAUAAGAAGAUUAAAGUCAUUCAGAAUUUUAAAGUAUGAAUUACCUUUAACCCUCAUAAGUCAGAUUGAUGAUAUCAUUUUCAUUUGCGCUGCACUAUGCAAUUUGUAUCCACAACUUGCAAAAAAGUAA